AGCAUCAAUCAAAAUAAUAUACCUAACUAUGAGAAGGACCACUCUCUUUUGGUUUAUAGCCUUAGCCAUUGCACUCUUUUCCAUCAUACUUCGUCUCUAUUUUAACCACUCUUCCACAAAUAAUUCUAUUGAAAGCUGUAUUAGUGAAAAAAGUAGCUUUGCACUUGCUAUUUUACAAAGGGUUUUGAAGAAAAAUGGCAUAGAGGGUAGUUUCUUCUCUAUUUUCGAAGAAAUUAUUACUCGUCACCAUCACCACCACCACCACAGAAGGAGGAAACCUAUAUGCGACGAUUCAAAAUGGAACUCAACGCUUGUAUCUACGUAUGGCGUUUCACGUGUUGUUAGUGUUGAUUUGAAUGGUUGUGGAAAUUUUAGCAACAUACAGAAGGCCGUUGAUGCUGCUCCUGAUUUUAGCUCUACUAGGACACUUAUAAUAAUCGAUUCAGGAACAUACAAGGAGAAAUUGGUGAUAAACCCCAACAAGACUAAUUUGAUAAUACAAGGACAAGGUUACCUUAAAACUAUUAUCUCAUGGAAUGAUACUGCUAAUUCAACUGGUGGAACUGCCAAUAGCUUCACUCUUGCUAUUCAUGCUCCAAAUUUCAUAGCAUACAAUAUCAGCUUCCAGAAUACAGCACCUAGCCCUAUGCCUGGUGAUGUAGGAGCACAAGCAUUGGCUAUAAUAAUAGGAGGAGAUCAAGCUGCAUUUUAUGGUUGUGGAUUUUAUGGAGCACAAGACACUCUUAAUGAUGAUAGAGGAAGACAUUAUUUUAAAGAAUGUUUUAUUCAAGGAUCCAUUGAUUUUAUCUUUGGAAAUGGUAGAUCACUCUAUGAGGAUUGCACAAUAAAUUCAAUAGCAAAAGAAGGAACAAGUGGAGUUGGAGGAUCUAUCACAGCACAAGGGAAGAAUUCACAAAGUGAGAAAUCUGGAUUCUCAUUUGUGAAUUGCAGUAUUAGUGGCACUGGAAGUAUUUGGCUAGGACGUGCUUGGGGUUCUUAUGCAACAGUGGUUUUCUCAAGAACUUAUAUGUCAGAUGUGGUUUCAUCUGAUGGCUGGAAUGAUUGGAGAGAUCCUGCCAGAGACCAGUCUGUGGACAGUAUUCUUCGGAGAAUACGAGUGUUAUGGGCCUGGAGCAAACUAUACAUUUAGGGUACCUUAUGGAAAGCAACUGAAGCAAAAUGAGGCAACACCUUUUAUGGAUAUUUCAUUUAUAGAUGGACAAGAAUGGCUACUAAAUUAAGGAAACACUCUCUUUCGGAUUCACUAACAUAGACUCAGAGACUAAGACUAUACCAAAAUAUACUGCUUAUAUACUUUACUAGUAUAUUGAUAUUGUCUAAAAUAUUGUCAUUCGCAAGGAAUUGUUCCCAGUUGUAUAAGGUACAACUAUAUCAUUUUAUGAGAUGAACACCUUUAACAAUAUUGUUCAUUGUG